AUGCAUCUCAUACAUCACAUCCUACCCCUGAUAUGCCUCCUAUUCCUCCAAGUACUCUCCCAAGAUGAAGCUGUAGGAGACAAAUACCUGCUCGGCGUUGGUCGCGCCGAUGUCACUGGGCCCGUCGUUGAGAUCGGAAUGAUGGGGUACGCCGACCUUGCACAGAAAGGAUCAGGCCUUCGACAGCGAAUACAUUCUCGAGCGUUUAUAGUUGCAGAUGUGAACAGUCCGGGGGACAGGUUCGUGUAUGUGAGUGUGGAUGUGCAAAGUGGUGAUACAGCGAUAAGGGAUGGUGUUCUAAAGGGGCUGGAAGCGGCGUUUCCUGGCGUUUAUGGGCAGAACAAUGUGGCUGUGGUGGGGACGCACAGUCAUGCUGGGCCUGGUGCAUGGCUCAAUUAUCUACUCCCCCAGAUAACGACGCAGGGGUUUGAUUCGCAGUCGUACACCGCUAUCGUGGAGGUAAGUGAUGCAAACGUCAAUCGUAGCCCUUAUGCAUAUGAGGCAAACCCGGCGGAAGAGAGAGCAGAGUAUGGAGAUGUGGGUGGAGAUGUAGAUAAGGAGAUGACGGUUCUUUCUUUUAAGAAAGAAGAUGGCACGCCUCUUGGGCUCCUCAAUUGGUUCCCCGUUCAUGGGACAUCUCUCUAUGGGAAUAAUACACUCAUCGCUGGGGACAACAAAGGCUACGCCGCUCUUCAACUCGAAAAAGAUCUCGGAAAUGGCUUUGUAGCUGGAUUUUCUCAAGCUAACGUCGGCGAUACAUCUCCAAACACUCUCGGACCAGUCUGCCAGGAUACCGGACUAGAAUGUAGAUACGAGGACUCAACAUGCAAUGGGGUCUCUCAGCAAUGUCGAGGUCGCGGUCCGGCGUUCCAAAUCUCCGACACGGAAUCGUGCCGCAUUAUCGGGCAGACACAGUACCUGGGAGCGAAGCGGAUCUACAACAGCGGUAGUAGCGGCAGCGGUAGUGGUAGUAGCGAUAGUAGCGCAGCGCAGACACCCGUGUCCGGCGACGGUGGGAUCGUGCGCAGUCUACAUACGUUUGUCGACUUUGGAGCAGGCUUCGCAGCUGGAACCACGGAUUGGCCGGGUUUCGCGGAUUUCACACAGAACGAUCCAGGCGCGCCUAGUAACCCGUUUUGGCUACUUGUUAGGGAUUUGUUGAAGACUCCGACUAAGGAGCAAAAGGAUUGUCAUGCUCCGAAACCAAUUCUGCUGAACGUAGGUGAAAUGGAUCAGCCCUAUGCUUGGACACCGAAUAUCGUCGAUAUUCAAAUGUUCCGCGUAGGGCAGCUCGCCAUUAUCGUAGCACCUGGAGAAGCCACGACGAUGGCAGGACGUCGCUGGAAAGCAGCCGUAGCUGAUGAACUCGACAAGUUGGGAAUAAUUAGUAAAGAAUCCGGAUGGACGGUUAUCGGGGGGCCAGCCAAUUCGUACACGCACUACAUCGCGACUCCUGAAGAAUAUGCCAUACAGAGAUACGAAGGUGCCAGCACACUUUAUGGGCAAUUUACCUUGGAUGCAUACAUAUCUCUUUACAAGACCUACGCACCGUACCUCGCCGCAAAAGUUCCGUCAACUCCCCUGCCCACGGGCACUAAACCGCCGAUCAACACCAAUAAUUCGAUCUCGCUUAUCACUGGCGUGGUGCAAGAUAGCCCGCCACUAGGAAAGAGCUUCGGGAGUGUCCUGACAGACGUUAUGGGUCCGUACCAGAUCGGCGCCAUGGUAAAGGUCGUCUUUGUCGGGGCGAACCCGAGAAAUAACCUGAGACUGGAAGGAACAUUUGCGGCGGUUGAAAAAAAUGAGUCGGGGACGUGGGCUAGGGUUAGAGAUGAUACCGAUUGGAACUUGGUCUACGAGUGGAAGCGGACAGAGGAAUUGACCGGACAGAGCAAGGUUACCAUUACGUGGACGGUUGAAUCGGGUACACCGGCUGGGCAAUAUAGAAUUAGGUACUAUGGCGACUCAAAGGCGCUUUUUGGAGGGAAAAUCACGGCGUUUGAAGGCGUUUCGGGGGUGUUUAAUGUAGUUUGA